AUGAAGGAGUCUGAAUCAGUUUCAGAUUAUACUUCAAGAUUGCUAGCAAUAGUAAAUGAAAUGAAAAGAUAUGGUGAGACAAUAAGUGAAAAGAUACUUCCUUCAUUGGAUGAAAAAUUCAAUUUCAUCGUUGUAGCCAUUGAAGAAUCAAAUGAUUUGAAUACAAUGUUGAUUGAUCAACUUAUGGGUUCUUUACAAGCCCAUGAAGAGAAGCUUCUUAAGAAGAACAAGCGGAUGACUGAAAAUAAAGUUGAAGAAAAUGCAAAUUAUACUGAGAAAGAUGAAGAAAGUGGUGAUUCAUCAUUGCUUCUAGCAUGCAAAGAUGUGGAAACAUGUGAAAAUAAUGCAUGGUAUCUUGAUAGAGGUGCAAGCAAUCACAUGUGUGGAAGUAAAUUGAUGUUCACGAAGCUUAAUGAAUAUGUUGGUGGCGAUAUCGUAUUUGGUGAUGCCAUAAAAAUUUCAAUAAAAAGAAAAGGUAAAAUUUUGAUCAAUUUGAAGAAUGGAAAGCAUGAGUUGAAAGAAUUAAGACAUGUAUAG